AUGGGCUGCUACGCUGCAAAGUGCCCUAUCGAGCCGGAGAAUUCUUCCGAACCCUCGGAGACAGAAGAGGUGAACGCAGAAGACAAGGAGACAGAAGAGGUGAACGCGCCGACCUUUGGCGGAGUGUGCCAGCAGAAUCACGAUCCAUUGCACUGGGCAGUUUCCUUGGCGCAGAUUCUGGACCUCAAAAAGGAUUCACGAUGCGUGAUUAAGACUAUCAUGAACGUGACCGACGAGGGCAGCUCCAAGAUGAGAGAUAUUGUCAAAGACAUUGUCAUUCCAACCACAGCUGGAACCGGAACUGGCUACGGGCUGUACUUGAACAAAGAAGCGCCGCUUAAAGCCAAAGUCAUGGUCUCCCAUGCCUGGGACGAGUACUAUCGAGACUUUUCCGAAGCCAUUGUGGAUGCGGGUGUAGCUGGGCCCUUCUGGGUUUGUGCAUUUGCAAUUUAUCAGCCAGAAGACCUGCCAGAGGUUUCCAUCGUAAAGCAGCUCGGCCCAGACGUAGCACGAGGGCCGUUUGCUCACGUGCUGCACCACGCGGACUCCAUGCUGGCGGUCGUCACUACAUCCUGCAACAUCUACACACGCAUGUGGUGUGUGUUUGAGAUGUAUGUAGCUCUGCAAAGAGGUGUGCCCGUGAAGAUGUUUGGCUUCGCCGUACCCGUGGCCGGGAUGUGUGGCAUCCGCAGCGGCGAGCUGAUCAACGACCCCAUCAGAGAUGCUACCUGCGAAGCGGUGGACACGAAAUCGGCGCGCUGCGGAGCUCCGAAUUUGCCGCAGAACGACGAUGAGAAGGCGAUCCGCCAGUGCAUCGAGCUGAUGCCAGGAGGUUAUGUUGCAAUUGAUGAGGCCAUCGAGAAGGAGCGCCUGCGAUAUUUGCAGGGUGUUCUGGACUCAGACGAGCUGCAAGAGCGGGCCAAAAACCUGUCCAUGCGGCCCUUCACGGAAGAUCCGCGCGAUGUCUAUCGCAAUGCAAUCAAGAAUGUACAAGAGCGACUUGUACUUUUCGCCCAGCAUUAG